AUGAAGUGCAGCAAAUGCAGUGAAGACAUUGACAUCCACUACGUCGACGAGCAUGUUUGCAAGCCAAAUCCAACAUCCGAUGGGCCCGCCAAGGCACCGGAGUCACCGGAGCCUCCAUCUCGUGUCAUUGACCGCGCAUCGACGGCCUCUUCUAUCUCAGUGCCUUCAGUAUCGUCGUAUAGUACACAUUCGCGGAGCUCACGGAGUAGCACUUCAACCAAACGAGCACCUUCAGUCCGGUCUACGCACACUCUUCAGCAGUCACCACCUGCUGACCUUCCUUCGCGACCACAGUACAAGUCUACUGCUUCUUUCCAGAGUUUCCGCUCUCAUAGCAGUGCCGGCGAUGCUGAAGAUACAAACCACUCUCCCCCGCCUCGCUCCGGCCCGUCUCCGGCCCCAACAGUGCGAUCAAAUCCAGUUUCUUCCCCCGUGGAUGAAACAGUGACUUCCCCAGUCCAACGCUCGGGGCCUUCGCCCACGCUUACCGUACGCUCGAACCCGCCAUUACCGCCGCGGUCUGCGUCUCCAACUCCCAGUUCGAGAGCUCCUUCAAGAAUGAUGGCAGCUUCUCCCGCCCCAUCCAUCCCUGUUUCACGCACUCCCGAACCUCCUGCGGUUCUUCCACCGGUAGCUCCGUUGGCUCCCCGCAAGUUUUCACGCUCAAGCAAUGAUUCUCUUCCGCCUCAGCCCCCUCCGCCCGCGCAUUCCUCCUCCCCUCCCGAUACUUCCAUAGGCGGAGAAGCUGGUAUGGCUGGCGUUGGUCGGCGUGCUUUUGCAGCCGUGGCCCAUGCAGCACUUUUCACCGGUCAUGCGAAAUUUGGGUUGCCCAGCCCAGGUUUAAGUCCGACUUCUAUAUAUGGAUAUCCCGGCCAAAUACUUAGUCUUAGCCCAACAAGCCCAGUAGACGGCCGACUUAGCUCACUAAGCGGUUAUCUAAAUAUUAGCACUGACGUUGGUGGCGGUACACCACCCCUAUCGCCUUCAUAUUCUCCGGGCUCCCCUUCAUCCGCAAUGCGCCCUCGCUCGCCCGCAGAUGAUGUCCCAAGUCCGGGCGCAGAAAUCACGCGAGAGACCUCGCGUUCACCCUCUCCGGUUGAUGUAAUCGAUGGUUCAGGGGAACGUUCAAAAGGGAAAGGCGUUUCAGGAGGUCUCUCAUCGCUCGCCAAGCAAUUACGAAAGGAUGCAGCCAAUACUGCAUCCACCUCGCCAGAGGAGGAACCCCUUCAGUCUGCUUCCCCGGAGCCCAUGGAAGAACAUGAACGUGGUAGAUCGCGCGCUGUGUCCAUCGCGAGAUCUGAAGCCGAGUCCGAAACUGAGCUAGCCUAUGGAAGGAGUCCUUCUCCACCAGCUGAGCGCCGAAAACUGUCAGAUUCAGGCUCAGAUUCAGGCUCGACCGACGAAGGUGUUGGUGCUGGUGCUGGCGACAGCGAAGGAAAUACAAUUGCAUUCCCGCGUCGCGAUUCAAAUGGAUCAGAUCACACCCCCAAACGUAGCAGUUCGCAAUCUUCCAGCCAUUCGUCAUCGUCCGGUUCCAGCUCUGUACGGCGUCCCAAGCAGUCUGCCGGCGCGCAAACCCUUAGUGCAUUGCGCGAAGAAGACGAGGAUGACCGCCAAUCGGUUUAUACUAGUCCCAGUUCGGCGGAAGUCGGAGGCACCUUCAAGGUUACUUCUAUUCCGGACGCCGAGGAACAACCGAAGGUUGUCCCCGUUACCGCAAAGACAUUGGGUAUGCUCGGGUCAGACAUGGAUCGACGUAAACGUAUUCGAACAUGCGCUAAAUGUGAAAAACGCAUCGAAGACGGUCGUUGGAUUAAGAUCGACGACGGUGGUAAUACAGUUUUAUGCGAGCAAGACUGGAAAAUGAUGUACUUGCCCAAGUGUGGGCUCGCAAUCGAGACCCAGGCCAUAUACGCGUCUGACGGCCAAUUGAAAGGGAAGUACCACAAAGAAUGUUUCAAUUGCUAUACCUGCCACAAACCAUUCCCUGACCGUUCAUUCUAUGUUCAUGAAGAGAGGCCCUACUGCAAAUACCACUAUCACGAGGCCAACAACUCGCUUUGCGCUUCUCCUUCUUGCCGCCAGCCCAUUGAAGGACCCUGUGCCAUGUCACACUCGGGUAUGAGAUACCACCCAGAACACUUCACUUGCGAGUACGAAGAUUCCGAAGGAAUAUGUGAGACUCUACUCAAGGAGUACUGGGAAGUCAACGGGAAAAGGAUGUGCGAACGCCAUGCUGUUCGGACCGAGUCAGAGGAAGAUGGCACUCAGAACACACGCCCAAGGCGAAGAAGAGACAGACACAGUUCUUGA